AUGGAGUCCCACUCCGCUCUGCGCUGCCGCCAGCGUGUUGGCGCCCCGCCGCCUGGCCUCGCGGCCGGCUGCCCUGCCGCCCUGGCCUCGCGGCCGGCCGCCGGCCACGCCGCCGCCGCCGCCGUCCGGGCUGGCGGCAGCGCCCGCUGGCUGCCUGCCAUCGCGCCUGCCGCUGGCCCUGCUGGCGGGCGGGCCGCUGGCUGCCUGGCCGCGGCCGCUGCUGCGUACGGCGCGGCCCUCGACGCUGCAGAGGUCGCGGCGGCCGCCGGCCUUUGGCUGGCCGUCGCUGCCGGAACCUGGGCCGCUGAGCUGGCGUUUCGCGCAGCUGGCGCGCCUCAGGCAGCUGCCGCUGGGCGGGGAUGGCUUGGUGAGCCUUUGCAGGCGGAGGCGUCUCUGCCCGCCGCCGGCGCCGCUGGCCUUGCCGUGCCGCCUUCUGGCUUAGCUCCGCCUGCGGCUGGCCUUCGCUGGCAGGCUGUCACGGCGGCGUGUGCCGGUGCCGCCUCCGCCGCCGCAGCGGCCGUGGCUAGGGCGACCGCCUUGUCGCUGGCUGCUGCUGCGGCGGCUGCCGCUGGCGCUGCCGCUGGCGCUGCCGCGGCUGCCGUGGCUGUAGACGCGUCGGCCGAGUGUGGCCCCGCCGCCGUCUCGGCCCUUGCCGACGCUGCCGCCGCGCCAGCCAGGGGCUCUGGCAUUGCAGCCGCCGACGAGCUGGCCGAGCCGCCGCGGCGAGCGGCCGAGCGCUUGGCGGCUGCUAAGCGCCAGGAGGUCAGGAACGUUUCCGGCGGUACUUGCGAUAUGGAUGGCGAAGAGGGCGACAAGGAGGUGGCCAUGGAAGAAAAGGGGGGCGUCGAUAUGAAGGAGGCCGCCCACGCGGUCGUGGAGGUGGGCGUCAACAGGGGGUUCGAUGAGGGACGAGACGGCGACGCUAAGAGAACGGAGAAGGAUGACGAGGAAGGAUGCCUGGAUCCGGAUGUCUCUGACCAGUAUCUGCCUGGUGACAGCGUCCCAGACCCAAAGGGGCAGGGCGAGCUUGCCCUGCGCCGCCCUGUUGCUAACGGCCGCUUUGCGCCGCUGCGGCCUGCGUCGCCCGACCGCGACGGCUCGGGUCUGGUCGAGCAUUGCGGCGGCGGGCGGGCGCAUGGGGGCGGAGAGAGCCCCGCGAGCGAAGUUGCCCCAGUGGGGCCAUGGGGCCGUGUGAAUGAAAGCCUCAUCCUAGCAUUCCUGAGCGAGCAUUCGCUAAGCUCCGGCCGCCUCCGCCUCGCAGAGCCCCUGAUGCGCAGCGUGCAGAGCGUGGCCACGGGGCGCGAAACGGCCGUGGGGCCGCGCGAGGAGCUGCGCGCCGAGCUGCUCGUCGUGCAAGGGGGCUGGCGCCUAGCGCAGGAGGCUGCGCAGGAGCGCCGCCUGACCGUUGCGGACAGCGCGAUGGCGAGCUUUUGGCUUCUCCUGUGCGGCGCGCUGGCGAUGGCCAUUCUCGCGGGCAUCGCGAUGCUGGGGGCAGGGGGCGCGUGUCUGAAGAACGCGCCGAUUGCCUUGGUAAAGCACAUCGUGUGCGUUUAUGUUGUCAAACCAGGUUGGCUCUUGUUCGGGUGGGCUCUGGCUUGCGGCGUCGACGACGCCGCGGCCCGCGCGGCAAGUGCAGGGGGCGGCUUCGUGGGCGCCGACGGCCGGCUGAGCGCCAUGUGCGCGGUGUGCACCUUCAUGUGUGCACUUCUUUACCACGUGGUCGUCGCGCGGAUCUGUGGGUGUGAUUGGACCGGCGCCUUGAUUGACUUUUGGAGUAUCGAUUUCGCGGGCAGCGCAGUAGUGCACGGGGCCGGCAGCGUGAGUGGGCUCGCGGGCAACAUUGUGUUGGGGCCACGCGGGCGCUGCCGCGAGCGGCCCAAUCAGUUGGACGAGAAGGGCCUGCCUCUCGUCUUUCUCUUGCUGGGCACCUUCAUCCCGUGGCUCGGUUGGCGCGGCUUCAACUGCGGCCCCGUCCUCUCGGUGAACCAGAGAAGCGGUAGUCUGGCCGUCCAGGUUGCCAUGGGCGCGACAGCGGCCGCCUCGACAGGCGGCAUUUCCGUCUUCUUCUGGCGGCGCCGGGUCACGAGGGCGUGCGACAGAGGCGGCUUGUGCGGCAACAUCCUGACCGGCCUGGUGUCCAUAAUGGCCGCUUGGGGCAAUGCGGGGACUGGCUGCGAAUUGUCAUUGCUCGCGAUCGACGAGUCGGUCGACCCUGUCCCAGCCCAUGGCUUCUUCCAUUGCUUGGGCGUGUCACCUGGGGCGCUCUUCGACUGGGUCUUCUUUCUGAUCGCUUCCGCGGUCGGCGCGGCUGCCGCUGCAGGAUCAACGAGGGUGGUUGCGCCG